AUGACAUGGUUCUUGUGUGCAUCCCACAAGCGUAAAACCAUCCUAAACUCAUUUACAGGUAAUACAAAAUUAGUAGAUGAUAUGCUUGAAGGUUUACAAAAUGAAGAAGAAGAUGUCGACAUAAAACUUUUGAAAAAGGGAACAGAUGUUUCGGUGAAGCGUUUAUGCGAAACAAGGUGGACAGCAAGAGUAGACACGGUUUCGUCACUUCUUGCAAACUACAAAUCUGUUCAUGCUGCUCUGACUAAAAUUGAAAAUGUAAGCACAAGUGAUGCUAGGACAAAUGCAAGUGGUUAUCGGCGCUACCUGGAAGACCCCGAAUGCAUUGUUGCCGUGUUAGUUGCCCAAUUUGUUUUGAGCAUUCUUAAGCCACUAACAUUGUUCCUUCAAAAGACUGACUGCAACAUGGUGGAUGCUUUUGAGGAAUCAAAAAUUCUUCUGGAAUUAUUGCAGGAAAAGAGAACAGAGGAAAUUUUUUCAGAACUUUUCAGGCGAGGUACUGUCAUAGCAGAUGCUAUUGAAAUAGACUUAAUGCCACGUAGGCGAGUUGGUCGUCAGGUUCAUAGGGAGAACGCAGCAACUGCCUCUACUGCAGAGCAGCAUUGGCGAAUUAAUUUAUUUUUCCCAUUUUUGGAUCACGUUAUUAGUGAAAUGCAACGCCGGUUUCCUGAUGAGGUAAAAAAUCAAAUGUUAGGAUAUUACCUUAUUCCAAAAAAUGUAGGCAAGUUAACACCGGAAUUAAUUGAACACCUUUUCCAAGCAUUUCCGGACGUAACAAACAUGGAAGAGUUAACGUGUGAACUUGAAAGGUGGGUAAGAAAGACAGUAGGUAUGCUAGACGAAGGAAGCCUCACGACAGCAAUUAAGCUGGCUAACAAAGACUUGUACCCAAAUGUUUUCACAAUAUUGCAAGUACUUUUAACUAUGCCUGUCACAUCAGUCUGUUGUGAGAGAUCGUUUUCCAGUUUAAGGCGUUUGAAAACAUGGGAACGGGCUACAAUGGGUGGUGACAGGCUUUGUGGGCUUGCCAUGCUCCAUGUGCAUAGGAAUGAUGCAGUGGACAAAGAACGUGUAUUGAAGCUAUUCGAUAGCACAGGACAUAGGAGAAUCGGGAAGUUUUGGUUGACCAACAGAGAUUAA